GAACCCUUAGGCGAAAACAAACGAGUGAAGCUUGUUUAAACCUAAGACCAAACGAAUCAAGAAACGCAUCAUUUACUUGUUUUAGCUGUUAAAUUAUUGGAGUUAGGCUACUUAUUGGAUCAUCCCUUUGGAUUGAGUGUUUGUGCUAUCUUUUGAUGUGAAAUUACUACGUAGUUGAAAAAAAUGUUUGCUUGUGUAUGCUUUCGAAAGUAUCAAUUUGUAUUAGAUAUGGCCUACAAUUUUCAUCCCACCUCUUGUAUGUUCUUGACAACCUCCUUGUUUGUAACAGUAAUUUUUCAUGUGGUCUAGUACCCUAUUGAUUUGAAAAAAUUAAGCUACUGGUUGAUCAAUAAAAAAAUAUGAGCUGUUAUGAAAAGAUUUAAAACAUUAUGAUAUUGUUGAUUGUAAUUAGAUAUUUUGGUAAGGAAAGAUGGAUAUUUAAGAUUAUGGAGAUUCUAGAAAAAGUUGAUGAAAGCCAAGAUCAAUAAACCGGAAUUGGAAAACAUAGGAGCUUUGGCUUGUUGGUACCACUUAAUGGGUCCUUGUAGAGAAAGGGAUGGAAAAUUCUUAUAUGAAGAACUUUGUAUAGAGAAGAAUAUAACAUCAGAUAGAAGUGAAAGGAGGGAUUAUUUUUGUUGAUGAUCAAUAAAAUCCUUGUCCUAUUAGGAAUAAGGCUUUGACAAUUCUCUUGGUUUUUUUUUUUUUUUUUUAGAGAAAAUCUACCUGCAAACAAAUAUCCUCUAGAAUUUGAAUGGGAAAUGAUGCAUGCAAACUAUGCUUGCAUCAUUUAUUGUUAAACAUGAGGACAACCACCAAACUUCAUAAAAUAGGAGGCAAAGAGAAAUGAGUAAAUUCACUCAUGAGGAAACAUUGCACAAAAUCCUAUCAUUUCUUAUCCUACCCAUUAACAAUGUGCUGUUAUCUAAACGUAGGUAUGCAUAGGAUUUUCAGCUUGUUCUUCAUGCAAAAUGUCAUUUUGUAACAUGUGUUUAAGCAUUGCACAUCCAUCGUUUUACCAUUAUUAUCUCUCUGUGAAGCUCACAUUGACAUACUGCCUUUAUUUUGAAAUUCGUAUUGAAAUAAAUUCAACAUGAGGGGUGGGGGUGAAGCAUGGUGGUCAAGGAGCCCUUGUGAUGACGGGAGCCAAUAGAGAGAGAGAAAAAAGGCCCAUAUGUUGAAGAGAUAGAUUGAAGAAGUGAGACAUCUAAGAACCCACAUGCAAAAAGUUACCAUCCAAUUCCCAUGGUUUUUUCUCAAGCAAGAGGAUCUUCAAUAUGGGAUCCAGAGGGGAACAAGUAUCUUGACUUUCUGUCUGCAUACUCUGCUGUUAACCAGGGACAUUGUCACCCUAAGAUUAUGAAGGCAUUAAGUGAGCAGGCAGAAAAGCUCACUCUCAGUUCUAGAGCUUUCUACAAUGACAGGUUUCCCGUAUUUGCCGAGAUGAUAACUAGUAUGUUUGGAUAUGAUAUGGUGCUUCCAAUGAAUACUGGGGCCGAAGGGGUAGAAACUGCUCUCAAGCUUGCCAGAAAGUGGGGUUAUGAAAAAAAAAAGAUUCCUAAUAAUGAGGCCAUUAUUGUUUCUUGUUGCGGUUGCUUUCAUGGUCGCACUCUAGCUGUCAUCUCAAUGAGCUGUGACAAUGAAGCAACCCGUAAUUUUGGUCCUUUGAUGCCGGGUCAUCUCAAAGUUGAUUUUGGAGAUGAAGUUGCCCUUGAAAAAAUAUUUAAAGAGCAUGGAGAUAAUAUUGCUGGAUUCUUAUUCGAACCCAUUCAAGGGGAGGCAGGGGUUAUAGUUCCUAAAGAAGGUUAUUUAAAAGCUGUCAGGGAUCUGUGCACAAAAUAUGGAAUAUUGAUGAUUGCUGAUGAAAUUCAAUCUGGCCUUGGAAGAUCUGGAAAAAUGCUGGCUUGUGACUGGGAAGGUGUUCGUCCAGAUCUUGUUAUCCUUGGAAAAGCUUUGGGAGGUGGAGUAAUGCCUGUCAGUGCUGUUCUUGCUGACAAAGAUGUGAUGCUGUGUAUUCGACCUGGAGAACAUGGGAGUACUUUUGGUGGAAAUCCAUUGGCAAGUGCGAUUGCUGUUGCAUCACUAGAUGUUCUGAGAGAGGAAGGGCUUGCUGAGAGGUCUGCAGAGUUAGGAGAGGAGCUUAGGCAAUUGCUGAAUAAGCUUCAGCAGCAGUACCCUAACUUCAUUGUAAAAGUGCGUGGCAAAGGUCUUUUUAACGCAGUAGAACUCAAUAGCAAAGCUCUGUUCCCUGCAUCAGCUUAUGAUAUAUGCCUCAAGUUAAAGGAGAGAGGUGUUCUUGCUAAGCCUACCCACAACACAAUCAUAAGAUUAACUCCUCCACUCUCAUUAAGUAUGGAUGAGCUUAAACUUGGAACCAAGGCACUAUCUGAAGUGUUUGAGUUUGAUCUACCAAAGAUGCUAAAGGAAAAGCCUGAACAUGUUAAUUCAAUGAAAGCUGAUGUAUGUGAUCGUUGUGGUAGAAACCUGUAAGCCCCAGAAUGAAUAUAUACUCAUAUACCAGUGUUUGCACACCAACUUCCGUGUCACUAUAUAUGAAUUUAGGUCCUUUUAUAUUUUCCAAAUCCAUGUGUUUUCACCUGAAAAAUUCAUUUGAUUUUAGUUAUGAGAAUAUCUUUCAGGUGUUAUUCAUGAUUGUGCUAUGUACAUAACUUUCAGUUGUGCAGUGAAACCUUGAUUUAUCUUAGAAAACAUUCUUAUUACAAACAGUUGCUGAA